UUCGAGAUUUGAGCACAGGAGGAGGCAGGGACAGAGCAGAGAGUCGGGAGCGGGAUUUGUGGGUCGGAAAUCGGGCCGGCCGGCAAGGCGCGGGUGAGGGGGCGGCUGAGAGGAAGGAAAAAGGAAAAAAAAACGGAGCAGAGAAAGAAACCGUGACAGAGAGAAAGAGAGAGACAGAGAGAGAGCUGUGAGUGACAGUUCGAACGAGUGAAAAGAGUUAGGGAUAGAGACCGCCAGCCACCGUGCCCGAAUCGUGGCCGACGACCCGCUGUGGUGCCCCCAUUUCCUGGGCCGAAGCCCCUGUAGGUCUCGAUUGGUUUGCAGUCGAUUUCCCAAGGAUCGUGGCUCGGAGCCGUGUGAGGCGACUGGACGCAGUCCGAUUUAUCGAGUUCGCCUCCGUUCGCCACCCGCCGAGCCGGGUAGGGAACGCCGUUCGCAGGAAUUCGCGUCCGCGUGCCAUGCAAUUCGAUUCGUACGGCUUUCAUGGGACACGCUAAAAGCACGUUCGCUCUUUACCUCGGACAACAAAAAGCGAGACACACGUAUACACGAACCAUCAUGAGUCCUUCACCGCCACGGCCGGACUGGAACAAGACCGACUGGAUCGUCCAAGUCGAGGACAACCUCAAGCGCAAGGCCUCCAACGACCAACAGUGCUGGAACAAGCAGUCCAUCUACAGGGUCCGUGCCUGCAUCACCGACCUCAACAGCAAGGCCUAUCAGCCGCAGGUUGUCUCCUUCGGCCCCUACCACUAUGGCAAGAAGCACCUUCUCCCUAUGGAGGAACACAAGUGCCGUGCGCUUUUCAAAUUCCUCGAGCGGUCGGGGAAGCCCCUCAAGCCCUUCCUCGAGUCCCUGAGGGAGGUGGCGCAGGACCUGGAGGAGAGCUACGAUGCACUGGACCUGGAGUGGAAGGUGGGCGGUGGCGAGGGCGCGGCAUUACGGUUCCUGGAGCUCAUGAUCACUGACGGCUGCUUCAUGCUUGAGAUCCUCCGAGUUGCAAACCAGGAGCUGACACCGGCCUAUGAGGUCAACGACCCCAUCUUCAGCAACCACGGGAAGCUCCACGUAAUGCCGUACAUAAGGCGGGACAUGCUGAUGCUGGAGAAUCAACUGCCAAUGCUAGUGCUGGAUCGGCUGGUGGCUGUCGAGAGUGACGGCAAGAAGGGUCACGAUUUCAUCAACCGUCUCAUUCUCCACUUCUUCUACUGCCACAGCAAGGACGUUGGCAAAUGCCUACACGUCCUGGACGUCUAUAGGAAGAGCCUGCUGUUCCAAGAGGAGAAGCCCAAGAAUGAGAAGUCCGAGAAGAAGGACAAGUCCAAUAAGGUCCCAUUCAAGCCGUGCCGGGAGACAAUCCGGUCAGCCACCAAGCUCCACGAGCACGGGAUCUGGUUCAGCAAGAGCAAGAGCAGCAGCCUCAAGGACAUCUCCUUUGCCAGAGGGGUCCUGAGUCUCCCCACGAUCCAAGUGGACGACACCACGGAGUCUGUAUACCUCAACCUUAUCGCGUUCGAGCACUUACAUGUCGGGGCUGGGAAUGAGGUCACGUCCUACAUCUUCCUCAUGGACAAAAUCAUCGACAAAGAGGGGGAUGUCGCACUGCUCGAUGCCCAGGGCAUCAUCCAGAAUGCCCUCGGGAGCGACAAGGCAGUCGCCGAGCUGUUCAAUUCGCUGUGCAAGGAAGUGACGCUUGAACCCGAGAGUAGCCUCGAUAGCGUGCACAAAGAGGUCAGCGACUUCUGCAAGAAGACCUGGUACACAUGGAUCGCUACUCUCUACCAUACCUACUUCAGGAAUCCUUGGUCUAUGUUGUCUGUCAUGGCAGCCAUCCUCCUCUUCGCACUCGCUAUAAUUCAGACCGUAUAUACCGUGCUCCACCCUUGAACCCUCCCUUUGCCUCUCUCUAAAAUAUAUAUGUUCCUGUCUUUUGGUUUUUUCUACUGAUGGUUGAUGCUCGAUGAUUACCUCUUGAUUGGUUGUUGAUUGUUGUUAUGAACCAUUUUCAUCCUGUUUUCAGUCUUGUUCACUAUCUCUCUUUAAAUGUUUUGAAUGAUGGACGUUUGGCUGUCUAUUUAUCAUUA